AAUACAAAGCCUAUAACGUGCAGAGAGUCUCUUUUACCCUACAAAAGCUUAGGCAUUUAGAGCCAUCAUCCUUCUUUCCUUUCCCUCUCGUUCUGUUUAACAGUUGGUUCGCUGCUUAAUUCCGUUUUCAUGGACACUCCAAACCUGCUCUGCUCCUUCUUCUUCUUCUUCUCUCUUUUCUUAGGUCAUCAGCAACAUGUUGUCGGAGGUUCAAGUGUGUUUCUCUCUGGUUUCGGACCAAAGAUGAUGUUUGUUUUCGGGGAUUCCUACGCCGACACAGGGAACAACAAGAAAACCUUGGCAAGUUCUUGGAAAAUCCCUUACGGUAUCACAUUUCCUGGGAAACCUGCUGGCCGCUUCUCUGACGGUCGUGUUCUCACCGAUUACGUCGCCGGGUACUUGAGAGUUAAGACACCAAUACCCUACAGAUGGAGGAAACAACUGGCCGGAAGGGUGAAGUAUGGGAUGAACUUCGCUUACGGUGGAACUGGUGUGUUCGACACUUUAGUUCCUGAGCCAAAUAUGAGCACACAGAUCGAUUUCCUGCAGCAGCUUCUCAAUGACUCGGUCUACUCCAAGAGGUCCCUGAAAACUUCUGUCGCACUUGUCAGCCUUGCAGGCAAUGACUACUCUAAUUACCUUGCCACCAACGGCUCUGCUGCGGGUUUUCCAGCCUUCAUUGGAAGCGUAGUGAAUCAACUGAAGGUGAACUUGAAACGGAUUCAUGACUCGGGAGUGAGGAAAAUAGCCGUGAGCGCAUUGCAACCAUUGGGGUGCCUCCCUCGAAGCACUGCUCUCUUCGCCUUCGAACAGUGCAACGGAACUGAAAACAUGCUCGUCGAACUCCAUAACCAGCUCUUGGUUCAAGCAGUGAACGAUCUGGACAAACAAACCAACAGCUCCUCUUUCUUCGUCCUUGACAUAUACAAUGCCUUUUGGGACGUUUUCAAUCAGAAACAAGCUCGACAAGUGAGUCCAACAUUUGAGAAUCCAUUCGAGCCAUGCUGUGCUGGAGUGAGUGCUGCAUUUUCAUGCGGGAGUGUAGAUGAAAAUGGGGUGAAGAAAUACACAGUUUGCUGGAAUCCCAAAUUGAGAUUCUUUUGGGAUACAGUUCACCCUACACAAGAAGGAUGGCGAGCUGUGUAUUCAACUCCAGUUCUUCAAAACAAUCUCAAGCAGAUUUGGUAGGAAUUACCAUUAAAUGAUUUAGGGUUAUGGAUUUCUGAUGUGUUUGCGUUUUGUUUCUUUGUUAUCUGUCGAAUCCCUUUGUGUUGGGCAAAAAAGUUGUAUGAAAUGAAUGGAAUAAUACUCCUUCCCCACAACUAGCCUUCUUUGGUGGGAUGUCUCCCAUGAACUUUUAUUCCUCUCGUAAAUAAAAUUAUUGCUCGA